CUUUCGCCCACUGUAGUAACCCCGAAACAAUGUAUUUCUUUUAUAAAAAUGUAAGGAUAUCAGAUCUAAGCACCCUUAUUAUCUUCUGGACCCUUUUUUAUGAUCACCCAAAAUAUACAGCCAAAAUCUUAUCGACCAGUCACAGCCCCGUAAAUGCACUGCACACUCAAAGCUGAUCCUUCCAAGAUCCCCAGUCCCUACAAAACUCCGUAGCAUGCCGCAAGUCAUCCAGUGCCUUAAGAACAGCCUCUUUGUUCUCAUCCGAUGGUGUGCGCCCACACUCGACGAAGAAGAUAUAUUGCCAAGCACGCUUCAAGCUCGGUCUCGUAUUGAUACUCGUAAGGUUCAAUCCAUGAGCCUUGAAAAUAAGCAACGCAUUCGCCAAAGCACCCGGCGAAGAAUGGUCAAUCGCAAACGAGAUCAGCGUCUUGCGCGUCGUCGCUGCAGUGGAUGUAGACGGUUGCUCGAACUGAAGUUGAGCAGUACGCUCAACACGAGUAUUCCUGAAAAUCAAGAAGCGAGUCGUAUUAUCCGCGCGAUCUUCGAUGUUCUCUUUCAAUAUAUCGACACCGUGAUGUUCGGCCGCAAAUUUGCUGGCGAUGGCUGCGGCAUGCUCGCCCGUCUCUUUCGAAACGAUCUCUGCGGCUUUGGAGGUUGACGAGACAUCUUGUCUUUCGACGCCCCUGAAAUGUUGCGAUAACAAAUUAUCACAUUGGCCCCAGGCCUGUGGGUGUGUGUAUAGCUUUGUGAUGGAGCCGUCGUAGCCUGCCCAACCGGAUGGAUACGUGCCCUUGCGCACGAGCAAACAAUGGUGCACGGUCAAAUAGUACUCCCCACAGACCUCGAUGUCCGUGUAGAGGGCGUUACGAUCCGCAAGCAGAUCCAAUGUCUGCACAACGGAGCCAUUGGUCGAGUUCUCGAAGGGAAUAACCGCGUAAUCGGCGACUUGCUGUUGCACAGCCGUAAAGGCAUCCGCGAAGGAGACGUGAGGGAUUAAUUCGGCGUCCGUCUUAUCAAAGGACUCUGCAGCGGCCUGUGAGAUGAAAAGCAACUGUUAGAGACCAACUCAAUCCUGCCAAUAAUGUGGGGUAAUACGAAUGAGCUUGGCGGGGGAAAUUGUAGUGAUCUCGUACCUGAUGCGAGAAUGAGGCCGGCGGACCUAGGAAGGCCACCUUCAAGCGAUUGGCGGGCAUUUUGUAAAGGAAUGCUGGACGAGAUUGACAGGAAAGACCACGUCUGGCGCAAACGACGCGGACAAUUGAGUUCACAGGUCUCCAGCAGCGCAUUGCGAUCUGCGCCGAGCGGUGAGGGCAUCCUCGUGCGGGUUUGUUAACAAACAAGGCAAACUCGAAGGUUUAUCGAAGGUUAAUCGGAGAUUCGGAGAUGCCCAUCGGAGGUUUCACAUCUCCCCCGCAUCUAGAGCUGAUAGCCUUCCUGGCUGUUUUGCUCUGCAUUUCCCGCUGAUGGCGACGUGUCUAGCUCGGCCAUUGCUCUUUGCGCGAGGAGGGGGAGCUAUGGCGCGGUACACAGUCCGUGCUUACUCGUCCCUCUCGGAGCGCCUACAGCAUGAGCUGACUACGCGCAAAAUUCCCUUGUUCUACGACUACUUGCACCCACAGCCCUCGCAUCUACUCAAUCUUUCACUAUGUGAUCUCCUCCCGAAGACCGCGUCUACUCCCGUACACACAAACACGAGUCUCCCUUCAAUAACGAACCCAUCUCCACUUCCACUCGCCCACCAUCUAAUCUACUUUCCGCCACAAGUAACGCUGUCGCAAUUACUCCCAGACGGCACGGACGUCCUACAUACACCGGGAGACCCCUUCCACCGAAGGCUCUGGGCCGGCGGGAACCUGCGAUUCCCGGCUACGAGCCCAUUGCUCGAUGGCCGGCGGGCCGUGUGCAUCGAAUCGAUCCGCAAUGUAUCCGUAAAGGGCCGCGAGGGUGACGAGAAAGUGAUUGUGAGAAUUGAGCGGCGCAUGGGUACAGUACCCGAAGGUGAAUUCGAGGCCCAGACGCGGCACCGGAUAUGGACGGAGGAUGAGGCGCUUGCGGGCGAGGCGGCGGUGAUUGAGAACCGAGACCUUAUAUUCAUGCGGACUAAGAGCGCAGCGGAGAUCAAGGCGGACCAGGCGCUAUUUGGAGAUCCUGGUCGGAUAGUAAAAGCCCCCGGCGGCGCAACGCUACGACACUCAAUCACACCCAACAAAUCCCUCCUCUUCCGAUUCUCGGCGCUAACAUUCAACGCACACUCCAUCCACCUUGACAAAAACUAUACCCAAAACGAAGAAGGGUAUCGCAAUCUUCUAGUCCACGGGCCGUUGACAUUGACAUUGCUUUUGAGUGUACUGGAGCGACAUUUCCAUGACCUGGGUCUACGGGUUGAACAUAUUGACUAUAAAAACCUUGCGCCGCUGUUUGUCGAUGAGGUUUUGACUGUUUGUGGGAAGCCUAGGGAUGGCGACGCUUGGGAUGUUUGGAUUGAGGGGCCUCAAGGUGGGCUUGCUGUGAGGGGUACGGUGAGGACUUGUGGCGUAUGAUACUUACUGGAUAUGUUGUAAAAUGAUACCCUGCCA